AUGGGUCACUUCCAUUUUGCUUUGAGUUUCUCUCUUCUACUCCUCCUCGCUAAUGUCUCAGCUGCACCACCAUUACCCUCCACCAUCUCACCCGCAAAGAUUCUUAAUGGGUUUAUCUCAAAUGCCGUUCCUGCUUUCACCAAAUGGGUCUUCUCUCUCAAACCAACCACCAAAAAAGCGAUUCCUGGGAAGUCAAUGAUGAAAUUUGAGAGUGGGUACAGUGUGGAAACUGUGUUUGAUGGAAGCAAGCUUGGAAUUGAGCCUUAUGCUGUUGAGGUUUUGUCUAAUGGGGAGCUUCUGGUUCUGGAUUCGGCUAAUAGUAACAUUUAUAAGAUUUCAUCUUCACUUUCUUUGUAUAGCAGACCAAAAUUAGUAGCGGGGUCGGCAGAAGGAUAUUCGGGACAUGUUGAUGGAAGAUUAAGAGAGGCUAGGAUGAACCACCCUAAGGGGAUUACGGUUGAUGAUCGAGGGAACAUCUAUGUUGCCGAUAUUAUGAAUAUGGCAAUUAGGAAAAUUAGCGAUUCAGGUGUCACAACAAUUGCGGGAGGAAAAUUAAGCCGUGGAGGUGGCCAUGUGGAUGGCCCAAGUGAAGAGGCGAAAUUCUCUAAUGACUUUGAUGUGGUUUAUGUUGGAAGCAGUUGUUCCCUACUUGUUAUUGACAGGGGAAACCAAGCCAUUCGGGAGAUCCAACUGCGCUUUGAUGACUGUGCUUAUCAAUACGAAAGUGGAUUUCCACUUGGAAUUGCAAUGCUUGUUGGAGCUGGCUUCUUUGGUUAUAUGCUGGCAUUGCUGCAGCGUCGACUAAGUACAAUUGUCGCAUCUCAAGAUGUGGCUCAUGCUGAGGGCCAAGUAAUGCCUGGCGAUUCACUGAGUCCGUACCAAAAGCCGUUGAAAUAUGUCAGGCCUCCUUUGAUUCCAUCUGAAGAUGAAUUUUAUAAGCAAGAAGAAGGUCUCUUUGGAUCCAUUGGGAAGCUUCUUACCAAUGCCGGGGCAUCAGUAGUGGAAAUAAUGGGUUUCAAGAAAAAACCGCAAAGCUAUGAAUUUCAAAGCCAACCCUUAUUUCAUCAACCUGAAAAGCAAGUAAACGGUUGGCCUGUGCAAGAAAGUUUUAUAAUUCCAAACGAAGACGAACCCCCUUCUAUUGACCCGAGAACUCCAACCCCUAAGAAAACAUAUCCUUUCAUGUCCAAAGAUGCUGAAAAAAUGCAACAAUUGUGGCAAGGCCGGCCUUUCUAUAAUGGAUGGGACGGCGAUCUUCAGCAUCAGCAGCAGCAGCAGCAACAGCAACAACAGAAACAUCUCUAUAGCGGAUGGGAAGGCGAUCUGCAGCAGCAUCCACAACAACAACAAAAACAUCUAUACAAUGGAUGGGAUGGAGAUCUUCAACAGCAACAACUGCAAAAACAUCAUUAUCGUCAUCAGUAUCAUUCAUCGGUCUCUCACACUUACUAUGAGCAAAGUCGCGAAGAAACCAAUGAGAUACUAUUUGGUGCAGUGCAGGAACAGGAUAACAACUCUGCAGUUAUCAAGCCUUUGGAUUAUGGUGAUUCUCUCUAUGAUCACCACAAUAUGCGAUCUCGAAUCAGUUCCAUUGGUUAUAUCCAGAAGUACUAA